AUGCCCGUUGAUAACGUCCUGCGUAAGCAGGUCUUCAAAGUGUUGUUUAUCUCGCUGCUCUUGGAUCUGAUUUCCUUUACCUUCAUUCUCCCGCUUUUCCCAUCUCUACUAUCGUUCUAUCGCGCGCAGGAUUCGUCGUCAAACUCUCUUCUUAAUCGCAUUCUCCACUACCUCAACGCCUACAAGAAUUCAUUUGCUCACCCUAUCGACUCACACUAUGACAUUGUUCUACUUGGUGGAGCCCUCGGCUCACUCUUCUCCCUUCUUCAAGCUAUUGUUGCCCCCAUCAUUGGUUACCUGUCUGAUCGUUACGGUCGUCGUCGCAUUUUGUUAACUGCAAUGUUCGGCAAUAUACUCAGUGUCGCUCUUUGGGUCUCUGCAACAGACUUCCGCACAUUCUUGGCCAGUCGUGUGGUUGGCGGCCUCAGUGAAGCCAAUGUGCAGCUGGCAAAUUCCAUUGUUGCAGACAUCACGGACGAGUCAAGUCGCAGCGCGUCGAUGGCUCUUGUCGGGGCAUGCUUCAGCAUUGCUUUCACAUUCGGCCCUAUGCUCGGCGCCGCGCUGAGCUCGGUGGAGAUUGUCACGGCAAACCCCUUUAUUACAGCAGCUCUGGUAUCGUUCGUUCUUGUUUUCCUGGAGACGGUUUACCUUUGGGCUUACUUGCCAGAAACCCAUCCACGCUUGACUACGCUGAAACGUGUAGACGAGGCCAAAGGUUUAUCUGGUAAAAAGCCGGCAACGAAGACGAAAUCGGGUACCCCUACCAUCCCUAGCAGAAGUACCAACAAUCCCGCCAUUAUCAGUACCAUCUACUUCUUUUUUCUAUUGCCAUUUUCUGGGCUGGAAUUUUCCCUACCUUUUCUGGUCGCUACUCUACAAACUGGUCCGAUGAAAAUGAGCCCCGCUGCUUUGAACGGUCGUCUUCUUUCCUUGAUAGGCUUGACCUCAUCUAUUCUUCAAGGGACUGCUGUGCGGAAACUUCCACCUCUUCUUAUGGUGAGACUAGGUAUCAUUACCUGUGCGCUGUCGUUCUUCAGUCUAGCACACAUAUCAUCAUUCUCAGGGCUCUAUGUUGUGAGUGGCUUGUUGGCUAUAACUAGUGCUACUGUGGUCACCGGUCUUAAUGGCCUCUGCAGCUUAGAGGCGGAUGACACUGAUCGGGGUGCGGUGAUGGGCCGCCUUCGAGGCUGGGGGCAGGCCGGGCGUGCAACAGGCCCUAUUGUGUUCUGCACCUUUUUUUGGUGGGCUGGCCGCCCUGUUUCAUAUACGAUCGGUGGGCUGGCAAUGUGCAUGGUCGCGCUAGGCUCGUUGAUCUUGCUAAAAUCCCCUUCUUUACAUGUCAAGACAAAAUAG